AUGAUAUUAGCGAUUUUAAUGCUCACGAGUGUCGAUGGUCCGCCGCAAUCGCAUCAGACGCUUGGCGUUCAACGCGAUCAGCGACGCGCCACCGCCGAUUCCGACGACUAUGUGAAAAUCUCGGAGCCGAUUUACGAUUAUCCGCCGAAAGCGGCCGAACCGCGACGCAUCAGUCCCACCGAGGCCGCGCAACUUCAAGAGCUCUGUCAGGAGUAUGAUUUUGGGCUCGACAUUCCGGGCGUGGCGUCGAUUCCGCCGACGCAGGUCGCGCAAUCGCCGAUGGGUGUCUUGAAUGUUCCGAUCAAUAAGGUGUUGAAUGUGCCGAUUCAACAGGCGAGUCAGGAAUCAAGGCAGCAGCAGCAGCAGCAGCAAGGAGAUGGAUUCAUUCCGGAGCCCUACAAUGUUGUGAUUGAGGAAGACAUGUUGAACAGCGAGCACGGAGGACCAUCGGCACAUAGAAAGAGUAAACCAGCGCAUUCGAUGGGCGCUGAAGCCACUAGUCGACAAGUCAAAACCAACGAUGUGUUCGACCGAAUGGAAACCGAGGAGCACGACGAUAUGACAUAUGCACCCGAGAUUCAAUCGGUCGAAAUUCCGCCGGAUCAGAUGAGCGAGACGAGCGAGAACAUCAUUGACUAUUUCGAUCGAGUCGCUGCCGAUUCGGACGCUCAACUCGCUGAACUUCAACGAGAAGCGACACUGAAGCGGCAGAGCAAUCAGAUUGAGCAAUCGAAUGAUUCGCUACUGAAGCCGAUUGGCCGGGCGCCGCAAAUUUUGCCGGCGUUUGGCAAUCGAGCGCACAGCAACUCGUCGAUUGGAUCGACGGGAAGGUCGGGAAGUGCGGUGAGCAGCGAUGGAUAUCCAUAUCGACAUCUCCGGAAGCAAUCAUCGCUUCUCUCCGUGCUCGGUGUCACUUCGAUGCAGGAGAUUCUUCUAACGAUCACUAGUUUGGACUCAUUGUCGGAAGCUAUGAAGCGUGCGGGUCUUGAAACGACUAAUCUCAUUUUUGGAAUUGACUACACCGCCAGCAACAAAUACCAAGGCGAAGAAUCGUUUGGCGGACGCAGUCUGCACACAAUCCAUCCGAACGUCAAGAAUCCCUAUCAGCAGGUCAUCAGCAUUCUUGGCCGCACGCUGGCGCCGUUCGCCGGCACCGGACACAUCGGUGUGUACGGGUUCGGCGACGCGACGACCGGCGAUUGGAGUGUGUUCAAUUUGAGCGCGCACGGCGAUUGUCGCGAUCUCGACGAGGUGCUCAGCGUCUACAACAAUGUGACGCCGAAGGUGGCGCUGAGCGGCCCGACGAAUUUCGCGCCGCUCAUCUACCAGGCGAUGGAGAUCUGCCAGAAGUCUAGAGAUUAUCAUAUCCUUGUGAUAAUCGCUGAUGGACAAGUGACGAAUGAGCGAGCCACUCGUCGAGCCAUCGUGCAAGCCUGCCAACAUCCACUAUCGAUUAUCGUUGUCGGUGUGGGCGAUGGUCCAUGGGAUAUGAUGCGAGUGUUUGAUGAGUCUCUACCAAAAAGGCCUUGGGAUAACUUCCAUUUCGUUGAAUUCCAUGAGAUUGUCAAGAAAUCGACAAGCGUCGAAGAGGGCGACGUCAAGUUGGCGGUUCAAUCGCUUCUCGAGAUCCCCGACCAAUAUCGAUGCAUUUGCGAGCUCGGCCUGCUGGAUCGAUCGAUUCCGCCGCGCGGAAGUGAGAUUCGGCGAGAGCUCAUGCACAAUCCACUUUAG